UUGAUACUAUUCUUGCUUGUUUUUCAUAUUUCUUUCUUCAUUUUCUGUUGAGUACAUGUUUCAGCAUCUUUUUAUUUUUUUAUCACUGGUUGUUGGAAAAUUGACAUAUAUGUUUCAGCUCUCGACAUGGAAUGAUUUUUGAAACAGUUGGAUCCCUUUUAUCCUUGCCCCGUACAGGAGAUUGAGAUGCAUACCGUCAGUUUUUUAUAGACACCAUGCUGAUGGUUGAAGGUUCAUCUACCUAGAAGAUGUGUUGCGUAUUAUGUUAGAAGAUGAGGCUUUGAAGACCAUGAGUCUUUUGAGAGGCUCACCUGAAAGUGAAAAAAUAAGCCAGUCUUCUCUGAAGAACUGGGUGGUAAGAACUUGGCAAUAGAUGGUACAUUUAUUUGUGUAAAAUUAUUUUCUUCUUUAUUUAUAGUUUUACUGUUGUGAUUAAUUAAUUGUGUAAAAGUGUUUCAUUUAUUUAUUUUAACAAGGAGUAUUGUCAUCAGUUUACAUAUUGUUUGCUUUUAAAACUAUCAUGCAAAUAUGAUAAUGUGUUAUGCCUGAUUCUUUUAGGUUAAUGCUUUUAGAGAACGAAGAGCGCUGGCCUUGACACUCAAUGAUACAAAAACCGCUGUCAACAAACUUCAUCAUAUGGUGAAUGUACUAGUUGUCAUCGUUAUAGCGGUUGUUUCUCUCUUCAUACUAGGAAUUGCAACCAGCAGAUUUCUAUUCCUCAUAAGCUCUCAGAUCGUUGUUGUGGCAUUCAUAUUUGGAAACUCUUGCAAGACUGUAUUUGAAGCCAUUGUCUUUUUGUUUGUGAUGCACCCAUAUGAUGUAGGUGAUCAGUGUGAGAUUGAUGGAGUUCAGGUAUGAUAAUCAUAUUUUGUUUGAAAUCGUGCUUAUGCCCCUUCUUUUACAUUUCCCUUUAUUCAAUUUCGACUUUUGAUAUGUACUAUGCCUUGACUUUCAGAUGGUAGUUGAAGAGAUGAAUAUCUUGACUGCCGUUUUUCUGAGAUUAGACAACCAAAAGAUAUAUAUCCGAAUAGCAUUCUUUCUACAAAGCCUAUCAGUAACUACUAUUGUAGUCCAGACAUGGGCGAUUCAAUUGAUUUCUGUGUCCAUAUUGCAACUCCAAUAGAGAAGAUUGCUAUCAUUAGGCAAAGAAUAAUAAGUUAUGUUGAAAGCAAGAAGGACCACUGGUAUCCUUCGUUGUUGGUAGUACCGAUGGACCUGGUGGGGUUAAACGAUCUGAAACUAUCAGUGUGGUUGACGCAUCGUAUGAACCACCAAGACAUGGGUGAGAAGUGGUUAAGGAGAGCCUUCGUGACAGAAGAGAUGAUUAAAAUUUUCAAAGAACUUGAUAUGGAAUACCAUUUGCUUCCCCUUGACAUCAACAUCCGCAACAUGCCCCCUAUAAGCUCCACUUGCUGUCCCAAUCAUCAUGACCAUUAUGAAGUUGAGCAUGAUAGAAUUUGAUGAUCUUGAACAAGUUUCUUCUAACUGGACAGCCUCUGAUAAGUGAGCAAUCACAUUAUGCGGGUGGGAGAGAGAAUUUCCAUUACCUCGCCUUAUUCUUGUGUAGUUUUUUGUUUUUUUCCUCUUAUCCUAUCUUUAUAUGGCUUGUAUUUUUCUUUUUGUGUUUACCAUGCUCAAUUUCUAUUUAGUACACCAUGUACAUGCAUGAAC